AUGACAUCGGAAAAUAACCCAAUAAAGCUGACACUCAAGGGCAGUCCCCGAGAAAUCGGACUCCAGCAUGGCCGGGCCUUGCGUGAACAGAUUCAUAGCCAAGUGGCCAUCUACGAUCUGAUGUUCCAGCAGACCUCCAACCUGACCUGGAAAGAGGUGCGCGAGGUCGCCAAGGAGUUUCAGUCAACUUUGAAGGUCUUGACGUCACAUCUACUGGUGGAGAUGGAAGGUAUCGCCGAAGGUGCCGGCCUUGACGUACUCGAUAUUAUAGCGCUCAACUGUCGGAGCGAAAUUGCCCUCGGAAAGUUCUCCGAUGGCUGUACUACGCUAUGCUGGAAGAAGAGCGGCGGCCGAGUUCUGUCGCAAAACUGGGACUGGACAGCAACCGUCAAGAAGAAUCUUGCUAUGGUCUCCAUCGAGCAGGAGGGAAAGCCUACUCUCUAUAUGGUUACCGAGGCAGGGAUCGUCGGCAAGAUAGGCUUCAAUCUCAACGGCGUGGGGACCUGUCUCAACGCGAUCCGUGCGAAGCCAAUGUUGAGUACAAAAUUGCCCGUUCAUGUCGCACUCCGGCUAUGCUUAGAGAGUCCGUCGGUUCAUGAUGCUAUCAAGACUAUCCAGUCUCUAGGCGGAGUUGCUUCAGCGCAGCAUGUCCUCUGUGCGGAUUACACCACCGCGCUGGGCCUCGAGCUAUCCCCUGUCGGGGACAAGCACAUCAUCGAAGAUUCAAAUGGUAUCAUUGGCCAUACCAAUCACUUUUUGGAGAAUCGAUAUGUUGAUGAGCCACCCUGGCUAUCCGGAUCUCCAAUUCGAUUGAAGCGUUUGGGAGAAUUAACGAGGGAGCUCGUUGAUGUAGGCGUCACAGGCGAUGAUAUCACGCCCAGAUUGCUGAGGGAAUCCAUCUUCUCAGACACUUUCAAUCUGCCUCAGGCGAUAUGCUCUCAAGAAGAUCCUUCACGUCCUAAAGCUAAUCGGAGCAGGACCUUGUUCAACAUUGUCAUGGAUUUGGACCCCAAGAGCCUAGGAGCAGAGGUCGUGUUUGGUCUCGGAUCUGGGGAGGAUGGGGCUGUUAUCAAAAUGCCUUGGUGA